UGUUGGCAGCAGGACCCCGUGUCUCGGCAGCAAUAUCAUUGACGUGUCAGCGGCGGACUCCCAGGGGAUGGAGCAGCACGAGUACAUGGACAGAGCCCGGCAGUACAGCACGCGCCUGGCCGUGCACAGCGGCUCCCUGACGCGCUGGAAGAAGCUCCCGCCGGUGCCGUCCCUCACCAACCAGCCCCACCAAGUGCUUGCCAGCGACCCCGUCCCCUUCGCAGACCUCCAGCAGGUGUCCCGGAUAGCCGCCUACGCCUUCAGCGCCCUCUCCCAGAUCCGGGUCGACGCCAAAGAAGAACUGGUUGUACAGUUUGGCAUCCCCUGA